AUGCUGUCGGUGCCACACUCGCCUGGACUCAUGACUGUUUCGCUAGAAGUGGACUGGCCCUUUGGGGCACCCCCAUGGCCUGGUCUGGGGGUAAAUGGGAUGGAGCCACUCUGCAAUGCUUCCAGCAACUGGAGCUGUAUGGUGCCCCCUAGCCUUCCUUACUCCCCUCUGGCCACUGCACUCAUUCUGCUGGCAGUGCUGACUAUGGCACUUGUGACGCUGAUGGGAAAUGUGUUGGUGGUGCUUGCUGUGUACACCAGCCGUGCUCUUCGGGCCCCGCAGAACCUCUUCCUGGUGUCUCUGGCUGCGGCCGACAUCCUGGUAGCCACCCUCAUCAUCCCCUUCUCCCUGGCCAAUGAGGUCAUGGGCUACUGGUGCUUUGGCCCCCUUUGGUGCAGCCUGUACCUGUCACUGGACGUGCUGUUCUGCACCGCCUCCAUCAUGCACCUCUGUGCCAUCAGCCUGGACCGAUGCUGGGCUGUCACCAGAGCCGCCCGAUACAACCUCAAAAGGAGCCCCCUCAGGGUGAAAUGCAUGAUCGGGGCUGUCUGGGCCAUUUCCGCCUUUGUAUCCCUGCCGCCGCUGUUCAAGUCAACAUCCCAGGACUGGGAGUGCCAGCUGCAUGAUGACACCUGGUACGUUUUGGUCUCUUGCACUGCCUCUUUCUAUGCCCCCUGUCUCAUCAUGGUUGCCGUCUACUGCCGGAUCUACCAUGUGGCCAAGCACCGGAACUCGAUAGUCCUUGCAGCAAGACGGGCUUCUCAUCCCACCCUCAUCACUGCCAUCAAGUGUGACGGUCUCCAAGUGAACUCCCAGCCCCCUGGAGACGUGCAGGGCACAGGUCUGGAGCAGGGGCAGGUUUCUCUCCCCCUGCCGGGCUUGCCUCGGCCUUCUCGGCAAUGGAGAGCAGAAGAAGUUGGCAACAGUAGUGCCAGAUCACAGAAGACCCAGAGGCUUUCUUGGUCAAUUCCCUCAAGCCGGCAGCAGCGGAGAAGCAGGGACUUGUCCAUCUCCACAAACCGACUGGUGCAAGUGCGGGAGCGCAGGUUCACGUUUGUCCUGGCUGUCAUCAUUGGGGCUUUUGUGCUCUGCUGGUUCCCGUUCUUUUUCAUGUACAGCCUUGAAUCAGUGUUUGGGGAAGACUGCUGCAUCUCCAGGACUCUCUUCAAAUUCUUCUUUUGGAUUGGUUACUGCAACAGCAGCCUCAACCCCAUCAUUUACACUGUCUUCAAUCGGGACUUCCGCAGGGCCUUCCAGCACCUUCUCUCCCGUGCCUGCCAACUUUCAUGCAGAAAAUGA